GAUGGGGAUCAGGAGGAGACGCUGGGCUCCUGGAGGGGAUGCUGGGGGCCCAGGGAAUGAGGAUCUGGAGGGGAUGCUGAAAGCCCAGGCAGAGUGGCCAAGGCGGUGGAGCAGACCCGCUGGGAGCCAGAUGAGCAGAGAGGUCUGCGUGCACACCUGGCCGUGUUCCUACUACCUAGAGCCGGACAAGCGAUGGGUUCCUGGAAAGCUUUCCCUAACCUGCCGCUCCCUGAAGUUCGCGGCUGACGAGGCCCGGGAGACGCUGGUGAGCUUCCCACUGUCUGGCAUCACCGCCAUCAAGAAGGAGGCGUCUCACUUCAUCUUCAGCUCCAUCACGGUCCUGGAGAAGGACAGCCGCAAGCACUGGUUCGGCUCCCUGCAGCCCAGCCGCAAUGCCGCGUUCAGCGUCAUCGAGCAUUUCUGGAGAGAGCUGCUGCUGUCCCAACCGGAGGCGCCGCUCCCCGCGACCAAGGGGAAGGAGCUGGCCGGCCUCAUGGCCAGCUCCCAGAAGCGUCUGGAGGACACGGCCAGAGUCCUCCACCAUCAGGGCGAGCAGCUGGACAGCAUCUCCAGGGGCCUGGACAAGAUGGAGUCCGACCUGGACGUGGCUGACAGGUUGCUGACAGAGCUGGAGUCCCCUUCCUGGUGGCCCUUUAGCUCCAAGCUUUGGAAGAUGCCAUCGGAAACAAAGCCCAAGGCAGGGGCCUCGCCGGCGAGUCCCAAAGCUCUCGGGAAGGAAGGGGUAGUGGUCAGAAUUCCUGCUGUCGUCUCCCAGAGAACAACGUCCCAUGUCAACCCAGGGAGUCUCACCGUCCUGGUGUCUGGGCUGGAAAUCCGUGACUCGAGCUCUGCGCUCGUGCACAGGUUUGAAAGAGAAGACGUGGAUGACAUUAAGGUCCACACGCCCUAUGAGGUCAGCAUCCGCCAGCGGUUCAUCGGGAAGCCCGACAUAGCCUAUCACCUGAUAUCCGCCAGGAUGUCAGAGGCCAUCCCCGUUCUGGAGGUGCAGUUCGGCAAGAAGAUGGAGGUGCUGGGAGAUGCCCUGACUCCUGGCGGCCCCAGAACCUCCUCCCCAGAAGAGAAGGGCAGCUCCGUGUGGCACGCAGCGUCCGGGCUGAUGGACUGGGCCGUGCACCGGGAGCCCUGCCCGGGCGGCCAGGAGGGCCCGCCGCUCCAGUUGCAGACGCGCCAGCCCAUCAUUUCCGAGGGGGACGCCCAGGAGCUGAGACAGAUCCUGAGGAAGCUCAAGGGUCUCGCCCUGGACACCGAGGCAGAGCUGGAGAGGCAGGACGAGGCCCUGGAUGACAUCACCGCAGCCGUGGACCGGACCACCCUAACCAUCGACAAGCACAAUCGGCGGGCCAAGAGGCUGACCUAGAAGGACAAGAAAGCGUCACAGUCACGUCUCUGAGUGCUUAGUUCUCAACACCUGCAUGCUUCCUUCUCCCGAUAGCCCCGGAACUCGUGUCCAGGCCCAGCCGGUGCCUGAAGGCCUUGCCCGGGGAGGUGCAGGCCCGCCUGGGGUGCAAGGCCGCUGAGAAGGGCAACGUAAGUCUCUGGGACAGCAGUCGAGCCCCCGCUCUGGGCUGCUGGGCGCGGGCCCCAGCGCCCUCAGUGUGCCCUUUUCUGGUGGACAGCCCAUUCCCUCCUGGUUGUGCUGCGUUUUCUACCCGAAGUCUGGUACAUCUGGAGGUCAUUCUACAAACACCUGAAUGUUCUCCCCUGCCCAGUUUGUAGCAAAGUGUGAAAAGAAUACACACUGCACUAUUUUUAGAAGUGUCAGGUUUUUCUUUAGGUGCCCCAUUUCUGUCCAGAAAUAGAAGAGAUACCAUAGUUCUGGA